AUGUCUUCCCCUUCUUCGGCGCUGAAGGGCUUGUGCCCAUCUCCCUUCUUGCAAGAAAGCGCAUUUCCAGAUACCGGCGGAUUCAUACCGGGUCGCUUUUGUAUGCCCCUACCCGAACUGCAGAACUUGACCUGCUGUUUGCCCUGCCCGUCAACUGACUGGACAUACCCUGAUGGAUUUGAAAGCCGGACCGAGAUCGCCAACUGGGUCAAUGUGGCAGCGUUCAUCCUUUCAGUCUACCUCAUCCUGUCAUUCGUUGUGCUUCCCGUCAAAUACACCCAUAGACACUACUUGAGUGUCUGCCUCACUCUGGGUGUGGUCUUCGUUGAGCUCGCCUUCAUCAUUCCGCUGGCCGCGAAGCCCGAGCAAUGUUUGAACGAAAUCACUCCAAAUGACAUGCAGACUAGCGGUGUCUGCGCAAUCAGUGGUGCUUUCCUGUUGUUCGGAGGAUGGGCAAUCGUCAUCUGGGUAUUCUGCCGGGCACUCGCCCUUCAUUUGCAGAUUUGCUGGGAAGUGGUGCCAGGUGACAAAUUCUUUUAUGCUUCGUUGGCUUUUGGGUGGCUCAUCCCCAUCAUCGGACUGGCCCUGACAUUGAGCCUGACUGGUGUCUCCUUUCGGUUCGGAAAUGUCUGCCACAUCAACCAUAGGGAUGCAUUGCAGGACUUUUGGGGCCCUCUGCUAGCCUUUGCCGCGAUGGGUUUGGUGCUCCAGUUCAUCACGAUCGGGUAUUGUGUUCAUGUCUACAUGAAAAGUAUUCUUGACGACAAACCCACUACCAACUCCAGCUCUCAGGCUCCGACAUACUCGACUAGCGUGAAGUCGAUGACAGCAAGGCAGACUUACCGCAGGGUGAAGAAGCUUGUGCAGCUACAGUGGCGGGGCGCGAGCAUCGUACUGGUCAUGAUUGCGGAAGUCGUUUUCUUUGCUGUGGUGUUUGUGUCGAUGGAUAACAGCACGCAAAUCAACGAGCAGCUCCUGCACAAGGCCACUCCCUGGCUUACGUGUUUGGUCCUCGCUCAAGGAGAUAAGGAACAAUGCAUGCCAUACACAAGAGGAUUGGUCAAGUCAGAGGGUGUGGUGCUGGCGGUGCUUAUUGUCCUUGGGCUCAGCGGCUUUUGGUGCCUGAUGUUCUUAGGCCGAUGGGCCAUGGCCCAUGGCUGGAUGGAAUUUUUCCGAACAAAGGUCCGGCGACAAAACGAAUUCGUCUCGGCUGAUGCUAGGCGUUUAUCGAUCGACCCUCGUACGUACGAAAUGCUGAGCGGAACGGGGCCACAACUGAACAUUCAAACCCCAGAUCGUGUUCUGACGAGUCCGCAAUCACAAUCGAUCUUCUCACCGGAGCCGGAUUCGAAACAAGAUCGCUUCAGUCCCGCUCGUGCCUAUGUCAAUCCGCAAACGAGCUAUUCCUACCCGAGGCCACCCAGUCAACUCAAGGAGUGGGAUCCAAGAUCAACACAUGCGAGGCCAGGGGAGAUUGGGAAAGGAUUCGACACGAAAAUAUACCCAGGAUGA